GUCUGAGGUCUGGCAAACUCGGGGAACAGUGUGAAGCAGUUGUCCGCUUUCCUAGGCUCUUCCAGAAGUACCCAUUCCCUAUUCUCAUCAACUCAGCAUUCCUCAAGUUAGCUGAUGUUUUCAGAGUCGGAAACAACUUCCUGAGACUGUGUGUUCUCAAAGUGACCCAGCAAAGUGAGAAGCACCUGGAGAAGAUUCUAAACGUGGACGAAUUUGUGAAGAGGGUGUUCUCAGUGAUUCACAGUAAUGACCCUGUGGCAAGAGCUAUCACUCUUCGCAUGUUGGGAAGUCUGGCGUCAAUCAUCCCUGAGAGGAAGAAUGCCCAUCACAGUAUCCGACAGAGUUUGGAUUCCCACGAUAACGUAGAAGUGGAAGCUGCUGUUUUUGCAGCUGCGAACUUCUCUGCACAGUCGAAGGAUUUUGCUGUAGGAAUAUGUAACAAAAUCAGUGAAAUGAUUCAAGGCUUGGCCACCCCAGUGGACCUGAAACUGCAGCUCAUCCCCAUUCUGCAACACAUGCACCAUGACGCCAUCCUGGCCUCCAGUGCUCGCCAGCUCUUACAGCAGCUGGUCACAUCCUACCCCUCCACCAGAAUGGUCAUUGUGUCUCUGCACACCUUCACUCUGCUGGCAGCCUCCUCUCUGGUUGACACACCCAAACAGAUCCAGCUGCUGCUGCAGUAUUUGAAGAGUGACCCCAGGAGAGCAGUGAAGAGGCUCGCUGUUCAGGAUCUGAAGCUGCUUGCCAGUAAGACACCACACACCUGGAGUAAGGAGAAUAUGCAGGCGCUCUGUGAAUGUGCCCUCCAGACUCCUUACGACAGCUUGAAACUAGGGAUGCUGUCUGUCCUGUCCACGCUGUCAGGCACCAUCGCCAUCAAACAUUACUUCAGUGCAGCUCCAGGAAAUGUAGGUUCUUCCCCCAGAUCCUCAGAUUUAGUCAAAUUAGCCCAAGAGUGCUGUUACCAUAGCAACAGGGGCAUCGCAGCUCAUGGCGUAAGAGUGCUAACUAACAUAACUGUGUCUUGUCAAGAAAAAGAUCUCUUGUCAUUGGAACAAGAUGCUGUCUUUGGCCUGGAAUCCCUUCUGGUGCUUUGUAGUCAAGAUGACAGUCCAGGUGCUCAAUCCACUGUGAAGAUUGCUCUCAACUGCAUGGUGAAGCUGGCCAAGGGCAGGCCCCAUUUGAGCCGGUCAGUGGUUGACACUCUUCUGACUCAGCUGCACAGCUCUCAGGACACAGCCCGGGUCCUCAUGUGCCACUGCCUGGCAGCCAUUGCCAUGCAGCUGCCAGUACUGGGUGAUGGGAUGCUUGGUGACCUUGUGGAGCUGUACAAGGUGAUUGGACGAUCAGCCACGGACAAGCAACAGGAACUUCUGGUGAGCUUGGCUACUGUGAUUUUUGUGGCCAGCCAGAAAGCCCUGUCUUCGGAAGUAAAGGCUGUAAUCAAGCAGCAGCUUGACAGCGUCUCCAGUGGCUGGACUGUGUACCGGAUCGCCAGGCAGGCUUCCAGGAUGGGCAACCAUGACAUGGCCCGAGAGCUGUACCAGAGUUUGCUGACUCAGGUGGCUUCAGAGCACUUCUACUUCUGGCUGAAUAGUCUGAAGGAGUUCUCUCACGCCGAGCAGUGUCUGACUGGGCUGCAGGAGGAGAGCUUCAGUUCAGCACUUUCUUGCAUUGCUGAGUCUUUGAAAUUCUACCACAAGGGGAUCGCCUCCUUAACAGCUGCCAGCACGCCACUGAAUCCUUUAAGUUUUCAGUGUGAGUUUGUAAAACUCAGGAUUGAUCUUCUCCAAGCCUUCUCGCAACUUAUUUGUACUUGUAACAGCCUAAAGACAAGCCCUCCCCCUGCAAUCGCCACCACAAUUGCCAUGACCUUAGGAAAUGAUCUUCAGAGAUGUGGCCGAAUCUCCAAUCAGAUGAAGCAAUCCAUGGAAGAAUUCCGAAGCCUUGCUUCCCGGUACCGAGACCUCUAUCAGACAUCCUUUGACGCCGACUCAGCAACUCUGAGGAACGUGGAACUACAGCAGCAGAGCUGCUUAUUGAUAGCCCAUGCCAUAGAAGCCCUGGUCUUGGACCCAGAGUCAGCAAGCUUCCAGGAGUAUGGCUCCACGGGAACUGCUCACGCUGACAGUGAGUAUGAGAGAAGAAUGAUGGCCGUGUACAGCCAUGUCCUAGAAGAGGUGGAGUCGCUCAACCGGAAAUACGCCCCUGUUUCCUACAUGCACACGGCAUGCCUCUGCAAUGCCAUCAUCGCCUUGCUGAAAGUUCCUCUUUCGUUUCAGAGAUACUUUUUCCAGAAACUGCAGUCUACCAGCAUCAAGCUUGCUCUGUCGCCGUCUCCCCGGAACCCAGCAGAGCCCAUUGCUGUACAGAAUAACCAGCAGCUGGCCUUGAAGGUAGAAGGUGUUGUUCAGCAUGGCUCUAAACCAGGACUCUUCCGAAGAAUUCAGUCUGUGUGUCUGAGUGUUUCUUCCACACUGCAGAGUAAAUCCAGCCAAGAUUUCAAGAUUCCCAUUGAUAGCAUAACCAAUGAGAUGGAGCAGAGGGUUGAGCCGCACAAUGAUUACUUCAGCACCCAGUUUCUGUUGAACUUUGCUGUCCUUGGAACACACAGCAUUACAGUGGAGUCGUCAGUGAGAGAUGCCAAUGGCAUCGUGUGGAAAACUGGCCCCAGAACUACCAUGUUUGUCAAAUCCCUGGAGGACCCCUAUUCCCAGCAAAUUCGCCUACAGCAGCAGCAAGCCCAGCAGCCUUUACAGCCGCAGCCACAGCCGCAGCCUCGAAGUGCCUACACCAGGUUUUAAGUGUGCUACAAGCACACUGCACAUUCCCACACUACACAGCCAUCAGACUGCGAGAAGAUUCUGUAUCUCCGUGUGUGUGUUAAGUAAAUGUCAGUGUGAGAUCCGUCACUCACUAGUAUCUGUAAUGUGGCAUUCUGGAGAUUGUUUUAAAAAAUUACCUGACUCUCAGCCAGAAGAUUACACCUUUUUCAUUUCUUAAACCUAGCCUUCUGCCUCACACUUAACAUUUUAGUUGUAUUCUUUCUGGUUGGUAAGCUUUUCUGCCAAUAGUCACAGAUCAUUGGCAGAUAGGACUGUGUCUCUACCAGAAUUAUUGUGCUGACCAGCUCAGACCUGGAGUUCUGAGGUAGGCAGUGGGAAGUCCUGUCCAGUGCAUGCAGAGUUCAUCCAAGGCUGGAAAAUGAGGCCUUCGAAGGGACUAGAAAAUCUGUGGACUGUAGGAGCCUGUGGUCCACAGUUCCAGCAUCCUAUUGCAUUGUUACCACCUCUUGUCUGUCUCCUGCACUAAAGCAGUGUUAGUUUAUUGAUUUGGUCUUUAAUCGAUCUAAAAUUUAAUUUCUAUUUAGCAUCUAACAGCUAUAUAGAAAAGUUGGAAAUGAAUAGUGUGUUUGUUUUUUGUGUGAUGUGUAACUAUAAUGUAGACUUUUUACAUUGUUUCUAGAAGUGAAAGUGGCUCACAUAUAAUGUCUUUGUCUUUGAUUUAAAGGAUAUAUUGUUCCUUCUGAACAAGGUAUGGACUCUGUGUGGCCAGGAUGCUCAGGGAACAGAGAUUUACUGUUAGCCAGAAAAGCCCUAUUCUGUUUCAGUCCUGAUUGAAAACUAUGACAACAUGCUUUACCUUUAUACCAGGUAUGGCUUAACUGUCCUUUCUGUAAUUGCUCAGUGCUUGGAGACUACAGUUAGGAGACAGGGUGACCUGGGCACUGCUGUUAGCAGUGUGUGAGGUCAGUGGGUAGGGUGCAAUGCAGCUACUGAGGGCAUGAGCCCUGGAUUUCCCUAUGUAAAUAAAUCUCCUAAUAAGAAGA